AUGAUCAAUAUAGGAGCUAUAGGAUGCAUUAUUACCAAAAGUUUCUUAGAUUCUGUACAUAAAGAUAUUGAAGAAUCUAUAAAUGUACAAAUAAUUAGUGUUAUAGGAGCAAGGACAGCGCCCUUAGAAAAAAUGUUGAAAGUAGGUGUAAAAAUAGGAAAGUUUGAGAUCAAAGAGAAUAUGAUAGUUACUGAAUCCUUUGGAUACAAUAUUCUACUUGGAAAUAAUUGGAUAACUAUACAGGCAAAAAUUGAUCCAAAAGUAUUUACUCCUAUAGAUUUUGUUGAGGAAAAAUAUGAUGAGUUAGAACUUGAAGAAAUAUAUGAAAACCCUCAAUACUAUCUAAACGUAUCCUUCAAUAAUAAUAUGACUACUAUUAACAGCCAACAAUAUCUAACUGAAUUUUUAAAAUUCAGCAAACUUGAACUUCUUAAGACUAAUAAGUAUUGGAAAGGACUAGAACGAUGCUUGUCUGUUUCAAUUAAUAAAGCACAAAUUAAAGCAAAUGAUAAAUUGAUAGAAAUAUCAAAAGGAAAAGAAACACCAAUAAGAAAAUUAACAAAAGAUCAGCAGCAGCAGUUACAACAGUUAUUAGAGGAAAAUAAAGAUUUAUUUGCCAAUGAGAAGUCAGAAUUAACACAAACCAACAUCUCACAAUAUGAAAUUAUCACAGAAAAUAUGCAUCCAAUAAAAAGGAGACCAUAUACAACAUCCUUAAAGGAAAAGGAAUGGAUAGCAUCAGAAAUAGAAGAAAUGUUAGAACAAGAAGUGAUUCGACCAUCUAAUAGUCCUUGUUAUGAAGUAAAAUAUAGAAAAGAAAAAUAUCACGAAAAUGCAGAUGCUUUAUCUUGGAUAAACCCAUAUGAUUUUGACCCAAUACAGGAAAAUACAUCAUCAUCACCAAACUCUAGAUUUUUCAAUAAUAGAUAA